AUGCCGGACACAAAAUUAUAUGAUUUACUUGGUGUUUCACGAAAUGCAAGCGAUCAUGACAUAAAAAAAGCUUAUCAUAAACUUGCUAAAACACAUCAUCCAGAUAAAAAUCCUGAAUCGGCCGAAAAAUUUAAAGAAAUAUCAUUUGCUUAUCAAGUUUUAACAGACGAUAAUAAAAGACGUAUCUAUGACACCUAUGGUCUUGAAGGACUUAAAGAAGGUGGUGGCAGUGGUGGUGGAGGUUAG